AUGGAUUCUGCAGAGGCUAUGCCUGAGGAAGCAAAAUGUCCUAUAGUAGAGAUCACCAAGCAAAACUUUUUUCAAGAAGCAAAAACUCUCAUUGCACAACAUUAUAAGAAAACAAAUGAGAAUAAAAUUCCAGGUCCUUCUGUAAAUGUUUUUAGAAAUAAACACCAAAAACCAAAAUCUGUCAAGUACAUACCUUUGGAGAUUAAAAAAAAGGAAACACUUGAUGUGGUCCAACAACAUCGGGCAGCACUCAAAAGUAUUUAUUUUCCCAAGGAGCUUUCUAAAGGUGGCCAUUUUGUGGAGCCCUCACAAAGAACUUCUUUCAAGGAGCCAUACCUUUUUAGUAUAAACGAAAAAUAUGACCGUAUAGAGCAAAUUAUAAAAGAAAAAGUUAAAUUGGGUAAAAUAAUGACUAACAUUGAAUCAGUGAGUAAAAAAAUGGAGAAAGAAAAGCAACAGCACUCUGGGAAGUUCAGAAUGUUGGAAUCAUUACAUACUACACCUGUCCAGCUUCGCUGGCCCAUUCGACCUGUGACCCCUUCUGUGGGAUUUCACAAAGAAUUUGACAAAGCAAUAUACGAUUGGAGAGGAGCUGUGUUGACAGGGUCUUCCCGUUUGGCGCAUGAUUCCUGUAGUUUAUCUGGAUCAUCAUCAAUAUUUUGGGAAUAUUCUGUGGUUAUUACGGAUCCUGAAAAAUUGGACCAAAUUAGACAGAAAGAAUCAGAUAUCACCAAGAAAAGAAUUCAGAAGAUCCUGGCAACUGGUGCCAAUGUUAUUCUAACCACUGGUGGAAUUGAUGAUAUGUGUCUCAAGUAUUUUGUGGAGGCUGGUGCUAUGGCAAAAAGCUUAAUUAAAACAGAGCAACAACCUAUCAAGCCAAAACCAGAGCCCAAACCCAGGGACAAAUCUAUUAUAAAUAAAGGUGAUAAACUUGACAAUAAAGUUAAAAGAAUUGGACCACACAUAGAAAUCUUCCAAGUGUUCCAAGAAAGAACCAAAUUCAUUAUUACCAAAAAAAUAAGUAGAUUGAUCACUGUCAUGCAGGCACAUGUCAGAGGGUUUCUUGAACGGAAAAGAUUACAAAGAAUAAUGACCAAGGCUUUGCAUCAUGGACCUAAUUUGAGAGCAGUAGUGAACAUGUAUCGCAGAAUAAUCCACCGUGUUAGAUAUCGACUUGGUCUUUGGAGAACAAGACAAAUUAUAAAUUUAUCAGAGCUAGAGGAAUGGAUGGACAGAAAAAAAUUCUAUGAAACAAUGUUUGCUAAGAGAGAAGAUUGGCAAGGAAUAGAAAGAGGUGAGCUCCUUAAGUUCUUCAACGAAUGUGGUCAUUUCCCAACUCAGAAACAACUUGAUGACAUCUGGGACUUGGUCCAUCAAGAUGGCCAAGAAAAAUAUUCUGAACUAAUCAGAAAGUUCCAUGCAAUUGAAAUGUUAUUUACACUCUAUCCUCCUCAAGGUGCCCAGGUGCACAAUAAUACACAACUUAAGUCAACUUGGCUGAGACCUGUAAUAAAUGGACAAGAAGGAUAUAAAUAUAUAGUGAAUGGACAUCCAUUACUCAAAAGAGCUAACAUCCGGGUUGUUGGCAAGUUGGUGGCCAGUUCCAUAAGAGAAAGGAAAAUGAGACAAUACUAUAAAUCAUGA